CACUCACGAACCAGCACCAAAGCAGCGGAUCCAGUGGCUCCCCGAAUCCCCUACCGGACGGCGUGGCGAACGGAUCGCCUCGAAGCACUCACGAACCAGCACCGAAGCAGCGGGUCCAGUGGCUCCCCGAGUCCCUUGCCGGACUGCGUGGCGAACGGAUCGCCUAUAAGUACUCACGAACCAGCACCGAAGCAUCGGAUCCAGUGACUCCCAAAAUUCCUUGCUGGACGGCGGUUGCGAACGGAUAGCUUAGAAACGCUCGAGAACCAGCACCGAAGCAGCGGAUCAAGUGGCUCCUCCAAUACCUUACCAAACAGCGUGGCAAACGGAUCGCUCGAAGAACCAGCACUGAAGCAGCGGAUCAAGUGGCAAAAUAGCAGGACAGGAACCAUGAUGGAAGACCACCGGUUCGUUUUGGCACCCGAGGAUUUGACUGAAAAUUACGACAAUGGCGCAGAUGGUACCGGAACCACGUCUACUCCCAAUCGGUCGAAACCGAAAUCGAAAAAUAGAAUUUCAAAAAAGAUGCUUAUGCAAGAAUUGAUCGCGCUGAAAACCGAAUUGAAUGCGGUAAGAUCUGAAAAAGAUCGGUUACUUCUAGACAGAGAAGUUAACAGUACGUCAAGUGAACAAGUAAGAAUGGACACUACACUUGACGUUUGUCGCGUAUCGGAAAACGAGUCUCUGUUGGCAACCAUGAAUCACAUGUCUCUGGGAUCGUUACACAUUCCAGAAUGCAAGCCAUCAGAAGGCGAAACUGACCUUGAUAAGAAGGCUUAUGAGCAUUGGAAAGAGAUUGUCACUGCUUCAUUCAACCUAGUCCGUGCAACCGACGAGCAUGCGAAGAUGGACAUCUUCAAAAUCAAAGCCGGAACGAAACUUUUAGAGGUAAUGCAAGGAACAUCAACGACUAAUGAUAUGCCAGAGGAGUGUACCCACCCGUUCUCCAACGCAAUUGCUCGAUUGGAUCGAUAUUUCGGAUCGAGAACCUACAUCAUCGGACAACGUGGCAAGUUGAUGAAUACCAUACAACUCAAAGGGGAAUCUAGCGUUUCCUAUGUGCGACGAGUGGCAAACGCCGCUAAGCUAUGUGACUAUGGCAAAGAAGAAGAAAUGGAAGCUACAGUCCGUACCAUUGUCAAAGGAACAAGCGACAGCCGUGUGCGUGUUCUGGCACAACGUAACUGGGUCAACCAAGGUGACAUGAAUAGCUUGAUUGCUAUGGUACGAGACCGAGAGAUGGAGAUUUUUAAUGAAGAUGAAUACCAGAAACUGAAUCGUCAAAGCACUGCAACAGUAGCAGCAUUAUCGCAAGAUCAACGAGUUCAAAUCCGGCGUGGAUCUGGGACAAGAUUCCGGGGAACUCAGCGUGGAAGAGGACCGUUCCAGCGGGGACUAUCUCGCUCUCAAGGGUCAUCCCAGAGCGCAUGUUGGAGAUGUGCUAGUAUAUAUCAUGGCCCUGCCAAUUGUCCAAACCUCGAUAAGGUAUGCCAUAAUUGUAACCGGCGUGGUCAUCUUGCUCGUACAUGCUCAGCUCUGUCUCGACAAGGUAUUGCACAAAAGCGUUCACAUGGAUCGGAUGACGAAGAACCAAAACCAAAACUUGCAGCGAUCACGCAAAAUGGUGACGACAUCGAUGAAAAGGUACAUGAUAUUGUACAGCCAGAAUAGUGUAAUUUUAAGGUAU